AAGCGGCGCAGCCGCCGGGAGAUCCUGUUCCGCUCGGAGGCCCUCCCGGGGCUGCGGGGUCGGAUUGCGGCUGGGGCCGGAGGAACACGGGCAGUGGCAGACAUGGAGCAGCCUUGCAGCUGAGGCCCCGCCUUCCCCGCCUUGAGGUGGGGGGCCCACCAGGAUGAACAGACUGUCUAGGGAGCUGGCCCGUGACUUGGAACACAGCCUGCCGGCCGUGGCCUCCCUCGGCUCAUCACUGUCCCACUCCCAGGGCCUCUCCUCCCACUUCCUCCCGCCACUCCCAGAGAAGCGCCGGGCCAUCUCUGAUGUCCGCCGUACCUUCUGUCUCUUUGUCACCUUCGACCUGCUCUUCAUCUCCCUGCUCUGGAUCAUCGAGCUGAACACCAACACAGGCAUCCAGAAGAACCUGGAGCAGGAGAUCAUCCACUACAACUUUAAAACUUCCUUCUUUGACAUCUUUGUCUUGGCCUUCUUCCGCUUCUCGGGACUGCUCCUGGGCUACGCUGUGCUGCGGCUCCGGCACUGGUGGGUGAUUGCGGUCACCACACUGGUGUCCAGUGCAUUCCUCAUUGUCAAGGUUAUCCUCUCUGAGCUGCUCAGCAAAGGGGCAUUUGGCUACCUGCUCCCUAUCGUCUCUUUUGUUCUUGCCUGGUUGGAGACAUGGUUCCUUGACUUCAAAGUUCUACCACAGGAGGCCGAGGAGGAGCGAUGGUAUCUUGCUGCCCAGGCUGCCGUCGCCCGAGGACCCCUACUCUUCUCUGGCGCUCUGUCCGAGGGCCAGUUCUAUUCACCCCCAGAAUCCUUUGCAGGGUCUGACAAUGAAUCAGAUGAAGACCUUGGGAAGAAAAGCUUCUCUGCCCAGGAACGGGAGUAUAUCCAUCAGGGGAAGGAGGCCAUGGCAGUGGUGGACCAGAUUUUGGCCCAAGAGGAGAACUGGAAGUUUGAGAAGAACAAUGAAUAUGGGGACACUGUGUAUACCAUCGAGGUUCCCUUUCAUGGGAAGACAUUCAUCCUGAAGACCUUCCUGCCCUGCCCCGCGGAGCUGGUGUACCAGGAGGUGAUCCUGCAGCCCGAGCGGAUGGUGCUGUGGAACAAGACGGUGACUGCCUGCCAGAUCCUGCAGCGAGUAGAGGACAACACCCUCAUCUCCUACGAUGUCUCUUCGGGGGCCGCGGGCGGGGUGGUCUCCCCGAGGGACUUUGUGAACGUGCGGCGCAUCGAGCGGCGCAGAGACCGAUACCUCUCGUCGGGCAUCGCCACCACGCACUGCGCCAAGCCCCCCACACACAAAUAUGUGAGGGGAGAGAAUGGUCCUGGGGGCUUCAUCGUGCUCAAGUCGGCCAGUAACCCCCGAGUCUGCACCUUCAUCUGGAUCCUUAAUACAGAUCUCAAGGGCCGCCUGCCCCGGUACCUCAUCCACCAGAGCCUCGCGGCCACCAUGUUUGAAUUUGCCUUUCACCUGCGGCAGCGCAUCGGAGAGCUGGGGGCCCGGGCGUGACCAUGCUCCCUCGCCGCCACCCUGCAGGCCAGGGUCCUGUCGCCACAGCCUUCAGAGCCAGAGCGGGGCCAGUGGCACUUCCCACUGCCUGCAGGCCUCAGGCAGCAGGGAGGAAGAGGUUCCUCCUGCGGCAGCACCUUGGCCCUCCACCAUGCUUCGCUGCGCCUGGGAGCCACGGCCAUGAGCAGGUUGUGAGGUCUGGCAUCUGGACUCCAGGGCCUGCUGCCGAGACUAGUGGGGUCUGUUCUGCUGAUGUUUACACAGUGACUGUCCCUGCCUCCCGGCGGAAGAGAUCUGCUGUCCCCUACCUGGCCAGGGGCAGGAUCUGGAAUGGGAGCCUCAGACUUGGUGGGGGAGGGCCGCGGCCCUGAGCAGGACAGAGGUCAGGGCUUCCUUGGCGCCAGUGGUAAGGUGCAGGGGCCCCUUCAUCUGCCUGCUUUCCCACCAUGGAUUUUUAGGGUUAUUUAAAGGGUCUGGGACCUUUUUCCACAAAUGCACUUGUUGGGGAGUGGAUGGCAGGGAGGGGGAUGGGUGCUGGCAGUGAACCUCGGCCACUCCCAGUUUCUCUCCCUCCCCCAGGGUUCCAUGGGGACCUUUGUAAUUUGAGCCAAUUAUUAAAAACAAACAAAAA